AUGCCUCUCGAAACCGGUCUAAAGGGCGCCCAUGUCCUCAUUACAGGAGGAACCCGCGGAAUGGGCCAAUCCAUGGUGCAUGAAUUCCUGAAGGAAGGCGCUAACGUGUCUUAUUGCGCCCGCACCGUCACCAACACCGAGUACGAUGAAUUCCACCAGACUCUUCCUGCCGAUAACUCCGCCCGCGCAGUUGGCACUGCUUUAAAUGUGGCUUCUAAGGAAGCCAUUGUUGACUGGGUGAAUGCGUCCGCCGACCGACUAGGCCGAAUUGACGUCGUCAUUGCAAAUGCCUCGCCCAUGCACAUGGAAGGCGAAACGCAACAUUGGCACGAAAGCUUCGCCAUCGACGUAAUGGGAUUCGUGGAAUUAGUCAAGGCUGCUGAGCCGUAUCUUGAAAAAUCACCACAGGCGUCCAUCAUCGUCCAAAGCUCCUUCAUGGGCCGCGAAUUCUACCGCAGUCCCCCGGCCGCCUACGGCCCGUGCAAGGCCGCUCAACUACAACAUGUACAGGAGCUUUCGCACGCUCUGGGGCCCAAGGGUAUCCGUGUCAACGCCAUCUCGCCCGGACCGGUCCUGUGCGAGGGCGGUCCGUGGGAGAAGUACUCCAAAUUGAUGCCUGAGUGGGUGGAGGAACAGCGCCAAAAGAUCCCCUUGAAGCGUCUUGGUGGCCCCAAGGAGAUCGCCAACGUUGCCGUGUUUCUGGCCAGUCCACUUGCCAGUUUUGUGACGGGAACUAAUGUGCUGGCGGACGGUGGAAUUCAUGUUGGCACCCAGUUUUAG